CUUGGAGUGUUCGCGGAACCCUUCUUCUCUCGACGCUUCAUGCGCUUCGCCACGCGGUCGCGACCGCGAGCCGCGCCCCCCGCGCGGCCGCUUCGCCGCGCCCGCGAGCAGCGACGAGCGGGGUAUGGAGUGCUUUUACUUUGCUUCCUUUUUGCUUGGCCGCCGGCCACCGUGGUUGAUGAAGUGGAGCUGGACUCGCUGGAGCCAGAGCUCCCAGUGGCUGGCCCUUCAAGUCACGAGACCUUGCCCGAAGAGGUGGUGCCGUUGCGCUAUGACUUGCAGCUGACCUUGGAUCCUGAGAGGUCCACGACCUUUGAGGGCCACGUGAGCAUCCAUCUCAACAUCACCAGGGAGACCUCCAGCAUCAUGUUCAAUGCUCGGAAUUUGGUGCUGGAGUCCAUCGUAUUAUUCCAAGCCAUCGAGCAGCUGCAACCAGCGGAGGUCUUGAAGGACGCUGGAUGGGAGCGGGUCACUCUACAUUUCCGGGAAGCACUUUCGCCUGGCAAUGCUGUGCUGCAGAUCUCCUAUGCUGGGGAAAUGGGGAAGGACAUGGCUGGGCUCUACACUAGCCGAUACAAAAGUCGCCGGGGAUGGAAGACUUUAGCGCUGACUCAGUUCGAAGCCAUUGAUGCCCGGCGCAUGUUGCCUUGCUGGGACGAGCCAAGCAGAAAAGCCGUCUUUGCCCUCAGCGUGGUGGUGCCAGCGGAGCUUAUGGCCGUGUCCAACAUGCCGGCCGCCUCCGAGACCACGCUCGAGCGAGGGAAGCGGAGGAUCACAUUCCUGGACACACCCAGGAUGUCAAGCUACCUCUUGGCCCUGGCCGUGGGGCGUUUUGACACCAUUCAGGCGCAGACCGUGAACGGCACCUUGAUCCGGGUGUUGACCAUGCCCGGCCAAGCAGCCCAAGGGACCUUUGCCCUGUCGGUGGCCGCCCGGGCGCUGAGCUACUAUGAGGAGUACUUCGGUGUGCCCUUCCCGUUGCCCAAGCUGGAUAUGUUGGCUGCUCCCGAUUUCGCCGCUGGAGCCAUGGAGAACUGGGGCUUGGUGAUCUAUCGCGAGGUUGAUCUUCUGUGUAACGAGACCACCGUGGGCGUGGCGCGGAAGGUGCGCAUUGCCACAGUGGUCACCCACGAGCUCUCGCACAUGUGGUUCGGAAACUUGGUGACCAUGGAAUGGUGGGAUCAGCUCUGGCUUAAUGAAGGCUUUGCCAACUGGAUGCAGACUCAGGCUGUGGACGUCCUAUUUCCAGAAUGGCAUAUCUGGGAGCAGUACGUUGUGGAGGAGCAAAGCCGAGCGUUGCAACUGGACGCCUUGCGCAGUUCUCAUCCAGUGGAGGUGCCCAUCCGCCGAGCCAAGGAGGUGGACGAGGUCUUUGAUGCCAUUUCCUACUGCAAAGGUGGCUCAGUGGUGCGCAUGGUCAACGGGGUUUUGGGGAAGGAACUCUUCCGGAAAGGCCUGGGCCUCUACAUGCGGCGCUUUGCCUACAGAAACACCGACUCCACAGAUCUAUGGUCCUGUUGGGAGGAAGUCUCUGGGAUGCCCCUGAUGGCCAUGAUGAGCUCCUGGACGAAGCAGCAGGGCUUCCCCGUCCUGAUGGUCAACGAGACGAAGACCAGUCGAACUGGCGGGUCCUCCAGGCUCCUUCUCUCUCAGCGGUGGUUCCUGGCCGAUGGCAGCGAAGAACCGGAGGAGGGAAACCACAAGAAGCUUUGGCAGAUCCCAUUGCUACCUGGGCCUGGAGGGACCGACGAUCACCUGAUCAUGGAAAGUCCAGAGAUGAGAUGGGAAAAGAAGGAUGGCUUCCUGAAGUUCAACUUUGGCCAAGUGGCGCCUUACCGAGUGCUCUACGACUCUUCCUUGUAUGGAUCCUUGAGUCAGGCGCUGCGCAAUGGACAGGUGAACGCCCUGGAUCGCAUUGGUUUGCUCUUGGACGCCUUGGCCUUUGCCAAGCAGGGGAAGCUGCCCAUGGCGCAACUCUUGGGCCUGGUGUCAGCCUACAAGGGCGAGAAGAGCACGCAUGUCUGGCAAGCCUUGUCAGAGGUGCUUAGCACCCUUCACCGCAUGGCCUCGUUCGCGGAGAGCUCUUUUAGUGCAUUGACGGAUGCGGUGGGCAACGGAAUGCUGAGGGAUGCGCUGCAGGAGGUCGGUAUAGCAGCUUCUGCCAAAGAGACCGACCUCACGCGCCACAAACGGGCAUUGAUCUUGAGGCUAAUGGCCAUGUAUUUGCCCAAGGACAAGGCCUUGGCAGAAGAAGCCAAGCUUCGCUUUGAGCGGUGGCUGAAUGCCCAGGAUCUACAGGACACCUUGCCGGAUGAUUUGAAGACGUCAAUUUUUAAGAUCGUUCUCACCAACGCUGAGACGGAUGCUCCCUACAAUGCCCUACGGCGCUAUGCCCGGCGUACGGACAUCCCGCAGGCCGUGCGUUUGAGCAUCUACACUGCCUUGGGAUCGGCCAAGCGGAAAGACUUGCGUAUGAAGACGCUGGAUAUGGCCACGGGUGGACGCAGUGGAGUUCGGCUCCAAGACAUCAUGUAUCCAGUGCAGGGCGUGUCCCAAGCAGAUCCCGACGGCGCGCAAUUGGCCUGGCGUUGGUUCAUCCAGCGGCGGCGGAGCAUCAUGGCACGGCUGAAAGGUGCCAAUGUGAGGUUGUUGGGUGUGGUGAUCCAGCUUGCUGCUGGAGCUGUGCCGGACAAGGCCCAUGCGAAUGCCGUGGAGGCCUUUUUCCAGCAGCAUCCUGUUCCCGGCUUGGAGCGAUCCAUUGCCCAAGUGGUCGAGAACGUCCGCACAGAUGCAAAGUUCAUGAUGAGAUUCGAAGACGAAAUGCAAGGGGAGGAGAUGAAGGAACUCCUCAAAGGCUUUGAGCUUUAAGGCCAGAAUGCCAAAAAGCAGCCAACCGAAAGCUGCCAUGAUUAUCAUCUCCAACCAAAGCUGUUGGGAACUGUGAAGCAUAGCUGCCCUAGCUUGACGGCUCAGUCGUUGGUCUCUAUUCUUUUGAGAUCUUUUGAGUGUCCGGCUGAGAGUCGUAAAAAGACACUUCUCGGCGCCGGUUGGUUCUCGACCCGCGAAAG